CGCAUCGAUCGCCGCCCGCCACCCGCCGCCUCGCGCGCGCUGCGCAUGUGUGGCCCUCACGUGCGCAGCGUGCCGACUGCCCGCUCGGCGCCCUAUCUACGAAUUAUGCAGCCGAUAUUGACCGGCUGUGGCCUCGCGCGGUGCGGAGUCUCCUCGGUCGCUCACCGGGAGUAUUGAGUGCUAGUGUACGGCAUUAGUGUAGAGCGAGCAGCUUGUCGCCGGCCCGGUGCCGGUGGCCGGGGAGCUCGGCGCCGCGCGAGCCGCCGCCCGCCGCCGCCCGCAGCCGCCCGCGUGUCGCCGGGGCGUAGCUAGCGUCUGCCGUCGCGCCCUCGGCGACAUCCUCGUGCCGCGUCCAGUGCAACCUAUUGUUUAUUGAGUGCAAAGUGUUCUAGAUGGACGACGAUCAUUUGCAGUAUUCAAUGUAAGCAAUACUCGUGGCUCGUGUGUUGCUGGCGCUGCCGGGCGCGGCUCGCGGCUGCGCGGGCGGCGCGCCUCUUGUUUACAAUCGGCACGCGCUGCGGCGGCGCACCGAUAUAGCGCGCGCAGUAAACACGCCGCGCCGCGCGCCUCAAUGAGGGCGCGCUAUAAAUACUCAGCCCCCCCCCCACGCGCUGCCGACACCGACCCUCACCUACUACCCUCCAAACACUGUUUAUUUUUGCAUCACCGCUGAUCGCACCUCUCACCAGCUGCAGCGCUGCAGCAUCUCUGAACGCUCCCGCUGUCACUAUUCUCCUCGGCGUGUAGUUAAUGAUGUUGCUUGAACUUCGGAACCUCUAAUGUUAGUGGGGAAGGCUUGGUUCGAUAUGAGUUCCCCAGGAGGUCUUCGGUCACCCUGGUGAGAGCUCGCGAACUGAGCGCUCUCGUAGAUCUAGCAAGACGGUGAGGCAGCCAGCCUGCAUACCCACGGAGAUAAAAGUUAGUGAAAAUAAGCAGUAGUUGAAUGAGUUGGUCAGGUUAUGUUAUGUCGGGCACGUGAUAUGUUGUGGGGCUCCCUGCCGCUGCGAGUGGUGUAGCGAGCGCGCGUGUUGCAGAUGUGCAGCCUGGCAGCGCUGGCGCGCGGCUGCCGGCCCGCCGCCGCCGCCGCCAAGCCCUGCUGCCUGUGCUGGUGCUGCUGUUGUUCCUGCUCCUGGGCUAAAUGCCUGGCGGUGCGCGGCUCGGAGGGCGGGCCCGGCAAGAAGCCGCGCGAGCCCGGCCCGCAGGAGCCGCUGCUCAGCGACACCGACGCCCCGCCCACGCUGGACGAGAUCCAGAGCUGGGGGCAGUCGUUCGACCGCCUCAUGCGCAGCGCCGCUGGACGAAAGGUGUUUCGUGAUUUUCUGCGUGGCGAGUACUCCGAGGAGAAUAUAAUGUUCUGGCUCGCGUGCGAGGAGCUGAAGCGCGAGACCGACCCCGACGCCGUCGAGGAGAAGGCGCGGUUCAUCUACGAGGACUACAUCUCCAUCCUGUCGCCCAAGGAGGUGUCGCUGGACUCGCGGGUGCGCGAGGUGGUCAACCGCAACAUGGUGGAACCGACGCCGCACACAUUCGACGAGGCGCAGCUGCAGAUCUACACGCUGAUGCACCGCGACUCGUACCCGCGCUUCGUCAACUCCCCGCUCUACAAGACGCUGGCGCGGCUGUCGACCGCGGAGCCGGCCGCUGCGCCUGCGCCCCCGCCCGUGACUGCGCCCGCACCUGCGCCUGCGCCCGCGCCCUCGCCCGCGCCCGCGCCCGCGCCCGUGCCCGCGCCCGCGCCCUCGCAGUGACCGGGGGCGCAUCUCCACGUCAUCCGCACCUCCCCACGUGUAAAUAGACUCGAUAUACAUUCAUUUAAACGGGUACUAAUUUUGUACAUAGCUAGGUUAAGUUUGAGAGUAGGAGCGGCGCGCGCCGCCGCGGCCACUUCGCUGGUCCACCGACCCGCGCGCCCCGCGCCCCGAGCGGCCUGCGCGCCCCGCGCCCCGAGCGGCCCUGCGCGCCGGGCGCCCCGGGGCCCGCAGGCGCCCUCCGAGUGCAACCCGCGCUGCUGCCGCGCCACAUGGACGCACACGGCAAUGUGCGCGCAUCUAGUUAGAAGCAAUAAAGGUGGACCAAUUAAGUUUGCCGAGGAGUCAACGAAUAAAUAAAUCUGUUCAUGUAA